AUUCGUUUUCGUCGGAUCGUGAAUGGUGUAGCAAGUUCAAAAUGUUCACCAAAAAGGCCAAUAUCGAUUUGAAAAAGUCGACUCAAAAAAUACAAGACAGCAAGAAAGAUUCCGCUGCCCGUCUACGGCAUCUGAAAACGAUACUAGAGCAUGUGGACAGCGAUGAGGCAAAAAAUUUAUUCGAAGCGAACUACAGUCACGUCUACUACAUCCUUUACGACACGUUUGUGCAGGCCGAGGCGAAUCUGAAGCAGCGCGUACACAAAACUCAUCGCGAAGAAUUGGACGGAUCACUAUGGCUGCUGAGCAAAAUCCUAUGCCUUCUUCCCGAACUGGUACAGCGCCGAUGGCAGUGUCACUCGCUCGGACGCAUUCUUGCGAAGCUACUGCACUACGGCAACAGCGUGAAGCUACGACGUGAGGGUGUAAAAUACUUUCUCCUAUGGUAUCAAGCACUUGGUGACAAUGCACCACCCUUCGUGCAUGGAAUGUUUACCGAGCUGGUACCUGGACUGUCGGUACCGCAGCGAGGCAAAAAUGCACCACCGACCGGUCCUAUGCCGUCCGACAGUGAAUUCAUCGCGCAAGACCUUUUGAAUCAUCCGAACCUAAAAGGAGAGCUCGGUGGCUCAGUGUUUCACGAUACAACCGCCACACAUCCGGUAAAGUCACCGGAAAUUCAACCGCUCAUUCCACCGAGCUCGAGCGAACGGACGGCUGCACCCGAUCCGCGCGACGGUCUCGAAAUUUUGCUCGACUGUAUGGUUCAGUCGUGCGGAUGUUUGAAAUGGCGCGACAACAGUCCCCAACGGCACAUUCGAACGUUCAACUUUUUGCUGACCAAAUUCCGUGAACAGUACCUGCCCGUGUUUUGUCCGUCGUUCGAUUACAGCACCUCGGUGUACGAACCGAAGCUCGACCUACCCGUCAUCCGGAGCGUUUCGAAGCGCGAGGAGGUGAUGAGCUCGUGCGUGGUGGUGCUCAUCAUCUGGAUAGCAAAAUAUACACACGAGCGGCACGUUAACAGCAAGCUAGAACAGAUCCUUUCUAUCGAAGAUGAACCGGGCCCGGGUACUACUGGUGGAGGCUCGUUAGAUCAUGCCAGUCUGCUGUCGAAUUUGCGUCACAUGGGUUACACACAAACGCAGCUAGUACGUGAUGUGUUGUAUUCGAGUCGAGAGACGGUGAACUUUGUGCACGAAAUCUAUCGCCAAGCAUUUCUGAUGGCAUUUACCUCCAAGUCUCAGAUUGAGGCGAUGCGUAUUGCGAUCUCCGUGUAUCGUGACUGGAUGAGUAGUAUACCACCGCCACCAUUUUUGCUCGAACCGGAUCUGGAAGCACUACCGGUCGGUGGAGGAGGAUCACCCGGUGGCACGGUACCGUCCAUGGACACAAUCUCUCCGACUGCCAGCAAUAGUCGCCCGGGUAGCCAAAGAUUACGCACCGACUCAUACCUUGGCGCCAUGAUGAUGACAAAGGAGGGUGGAUCUAUACGUGCUGGGCUGCAGAACGUACUGCAGGUGUUUGUGACGAAUGCGGUUAACGUGUUUAUGGUCAAUACAGCACAUUUAAAUUUACACUUUCAAUCAAAGACAAAUGCAGACGGCUACGCUACACCGCUCGACGAGCAGACCGACAUUUGUAAACGUGUGCUCAACAUUUAUCGUACAAUGGUAAUGAAAACGCGCAUGGAAGCAAAAACGUGGGAGCAACUGUUGCUUGUACUGCUUCAAGUUACGUCCGUUAUACUACAGAAUUCACCACCAAACGCGAAGAAAAACAAUCUCGGAGGAAGACUGGCACAGCCCAUCUUUCAAACACUGAUCGUUACGUGGAUUCGGGCGCACACGAAUGUUCCCGUAAAUGCAGGACUAUGGGACCGGUUCCUGAAAGUUUUGUCGUCCUUAACGCACCGAGAGGAACUGAUUGUGGAGUGGGACAAGACGAUGCAGACGCUAACGCGCGUGCUGGCACGGCAGGUGUACAAUAUAAAUCUUUCCGACCUACCGCUGGACCGGUUGGCUGAACAGAAAGGCAAGCGAAAGCGUGGCACACCGUCCAAUUGGACGGCUAGCGAAGGUAGCCGUUCGGUGAUGGGAAGGGAUGGUCCCGGUGGAGCGAACAAUACCGACCGACAAGGUGCCGCCGGGAUGCAUGAUAUCACAUUUACGAAUGGAAGUAAUGUGGUCGCUUCGGUACCGUCGGACGGUGGAAGUUCUAUGCGUGGUAGUGUCAAUAACGGCCAGAAUGGUCACAAUAGGUCAGGAUUGGAUGAUGAUCGAUUGAUUAAUGGAGGUGGUCCAAUGACGACAACGGCAACAUCAACAUCAUCUGCUGGAGGUAUGCGGAUCACAAGCUCGAGAAGCAUCCCCGGUACACCAUCACUGAACCGUAGUUACAGUGAAGGAAGUCUACUAUCAGCUCCAUUCCGGAAAUCGCGUGCUCGUCGUCGUUUGCGAAUUGCCGGACUUGCCCUGACAAUGCGAAGCAACAAUGCACGAGAGCAAAAUGCGGCAUCAGAACACCAUCAUCAUCAUCACACCGCCGCCGGUGGUGAUCAUUCCUUUUCCCGGUUGCUCUCUAACACAUCCACAUUCCUGAGCAUUAGUAGUGAGAAUUUAGAAAUGGCCUCCUUCUCCGAAUGCACCGAAGUACCGCUCGGUGGUGAACUUCAGGGAGGAUCCAGUGUUACGGGCGUUUUGCGACGUGCUGUAUCGUUGGAUUCGGUACGACCACCUGGUCCGGGGAAAAAAGACCAUCCGGAUGAUGAUGGCUAUCACCGCCAUAAUCGCGUUGGGACAAGCUGUGAAGCUGGUGGAUCCCGUAGCCCUUCGCCGACGGCUUCUAGCGGUAUUGAAAGUGGUUCAAUCAAAGACUCUCCCAUGCAGAUAGCCGAUGCACUUACGGCUGAUAGUUCCAGUAUCGAUACGCAGGAUGAUCCACACUCGUUCGGGGGUUCAUCUUCGUCGAUGGGUGCGACGGCUGAUCGUCGAUCAAUUUUGGCUGGAGGAACAGCUAAAGGUUGGCUACCGGAUGUAGCCGCUGUGAUGUGGCGACGCAUGCUCGGUGCGCUCGGGGACGUGAACAAGAUCCUUAACCCUAAGCUGCAUGCCCAGGUGUAUCAGUAUUUGGUCAGCAUGACGGAGAGUUUGAUAAAGAUCCGUAUGAACCAAGGCAUUUCGCUCGAUGGAAGUGGACAUUCGGCGUCUUCUUCGACGGCAACACCAGCCAGUACGAAUCUUGUACCGCCCGUUGCGUUGGUAGCACCAUGGUGUUACGGUGCGCUUGCUCUUGACGCACAGUACGCUCAAGGUAAAUUGUACGCCAUGCAGCUGCUUUGCACGAUCGUACAAAGUGGUGCCAGCUUGGGCAAUCAUCAGCUGCCACUGUUCUACCAUGCGCUGCACCAGGCCCUAACCGGUGAAGAUCGUGCAAUGGCCUACACUGCGUUGCGUUAUCUUGGUGGACCACGAUUUCUUAGUCUACUACUGCCGGGACACACGCUUCUACUGCUCGAUCUGGUCCAUGCCGCUACGGUUGUGCUUACAUCCUCCGAAACAGGUCCACAUGCUCCAAGGGCACAGGUUGCCGGAUUGCUUGGAUCUUUGCUUUGCUUUCCCCGAACAUCCCUUCCCGGGCCAGUUCUGCAACCGUCCGAACCACACAUCGAUCUAAUGGAGUGUCCCGACCUGCAGGAACACGUGCUAAACGUAGUGCUACGCUGUGCACGCCGUGAACCAACCGCUAAAGCACGCUGCAUUGCAAUCGCAUCUCUGGGUCAAUGGAUCCUGCAGAACCUUACCAAUCCUAGCGCUCAGCCGAGCGGUGACGGUGAGGCAGCGUUUAAACAAAAAGUCCCCCAUCAUAGCAGCGAAUCCGGCUCACGUCGCGAAUCUGUAACGAACAACGUUAAUCCACGGAUUCGUGAAGCAUUCCAGGUCAUCCUACAAGCGCUACAGUUUAAACACCAUACGAUCGCACGGUUAGCGUCCGAAACGUUGAAGCUUUGCGCCGAACAGGGUGCCCGGAUCGAACAGAUCGAGCGUCUGCCGCAACUAAUCAUCGAUACGGUGUGCCUCUCGCUCGAUAUCCACAAUGUACCGCAUCCGAAAGAAUCGGACAAGACGGUACUGACUUCACUGCUGCUGACACUGGGAGAGUUGUGUAUGUCGUUCUCGGUGCGCACACUGCAACAACCAAAGCAUCACGAUUCAUCGGAACCGCUCAUACUGAUCGUGUUUCGCAUUCUCUACAAAAUAGCGACCGGAUUGCAAAACGGGGAGCGUAUUAAGCUGUUCACAACGGACGAAGAUUUUGAUUCGACCAUUAUGGUGGAUGAUGUGCGUGAGAGUGGAUCGGGAGAUGCUGGAAGUUAUCAAACGUCGGAGUCAAUAGCCAACUGUCAGUCGGCGAUUCGGCUGUGUGCUAAAACGGUCGCAAUGCAUCUGAUCACCAAUCUCGGACACUUCCCGAUGGGGAUUGGAGCAACGCGGCUUAGUUCGUUGGUAGAUGAGCAGGAUGAUUUAAUGACGGCUUCAGCUUCAUCAAUUCCGGUUCAUCCUGCCGCUCCGGGAGGGGCAUCUAGUACAGGCCCGCCCGUUGCGACGCUACAGCGCGAGAAUUCUAUCGCUGGGGCACGAGUUGAUGCGAUGGAGCAUGUACUAGCUUCACCGAAUCUACAGUUGCUUAUGCUGAGUCCGGAACUGGUGGCAAGCUUUAUUGAGCUGCCGGCUUUAAAGCUACCGGGAGGAGGAGCUACCGCAGGAUUGCUUACAGCCAACCGGCAGGUUCGUUUGCUGUUACGCGAUCUCAACGGGAAAGCGUGCUGGGAUGCUUCGAUACUGUAUCAGGAACCGUCACUAUCGGUUCCCACAUCGACACCGGUCGAUUAUGAACGAAAUGCAACAUUCCAAAGCUCAGCGCCAGUUUCGCGGCACUAUGCCUAUUCAACGUUAUCCAAUGCUGGUUCUGGUUCUGGUCAACUGACCGGAAACAAUAGCGUUGCUUCAAGACAUUUUGCUAGUGGCAGUACCUCGAUCGAUCCCCUAAUGUCCACCGCAAUUGGAUUGCCGAUGACUCACGGCCCGCGGCACACUUUGAGGCAUCGGCCGGUACAUCAGCUGCCCGUGGCAAAAGAUUUGGCACCCGAUUUGGAUCAGCUAGACGAUCUGCUGCAAUACAUUGGCUACACAAGUCCAGAAUGUUUGGACAGCUCGGAAGUACCAUUAAAUACGGCUGGUCCUAGCCCGCUCGGUGCAGGUUUAGAAGGUCAAACCAUUUCGAUCAUCCUGAAUCAACGUACAAUCGAAGCGGAAGCAGUAGCACGUCAGAAUGCCGGUAUGAACGGGCCACUGAAUGUCGUCGAACGGUCGUCGCUGACGAGUGGAACAUCAUCGUUUCCAACGCUUAUGGCUAGCAGUGGUUACGGUAGCUACUCACCCGGUCACUCGUAUGCCGAUGAUUCCGGCAUGGGCACGUUAACAAGAACUUCCAAUAAUGCUAAUCAACACGUGCACCAUCAGCAGUUCGAUCGUAAUGAUGUCACCACGAAACCAUUCCAGCUCGGACGCAUUCUAUUCAACCAGCUCGGUCUUGCCGGUUGGGAACGGCGCAAACGAACCCAUCUUCUGCAGCGUACCGACAAGCUUCUACGCGAAUUGCGCAAUCUCGAUAAUCAAAAGUGCCGCGAAACUCACAAAAUGGCUGUGAUUUACGUAGCCAACGGACAGGAAGACAAGGGUAGCAUUCUGCGGAACGGGUGUGGCAGCAGUACGUACGAAAUGUUCGUAUCCGCACUUGGAUGGGAGGUAGAGCUUGAGUCGCACAAUGGCUUUCUUGGUGGAUUGCCGAGACAGGGUUGCGGUCAGACGGCACCAUACUAUGCGACACCAUUCCUGGAGGUGAUUUACCACGUGUCGACACGCAUGCCGUCCGAUACGCCGGAAGCGAUACUGAACAAAACCCGCCACCUGGGCAAUGACGAAGUGCACAUCGUGUGGAGCGAACACAAUCGAGACUAUCGGCGGGACAUUUUGCCGACCGAGUUUUGCGACGUGUUGAUUGUGAUUUAUCCGCUUAAGAGUGGCCUGUUCCGGGUGACAGUGAACAAAAAGCCGGAAGUGCCGUGGUUUGGUCCGCUGUCGGACGAGAUGGUUGUUGGAGGCGCUUGUUUAGCAAGUUUGGUGCGCGCGUCAGCAAUCAAUGCGAGUCGAGCAAAGCGAAGUUCGCUUCCACUGUACCAGCAGUAUUACGAGGAGCGAAAUAGGUCCAUCGAUACAGUGGCUUUGCGCCAUCGGGAAAAUAGUACAUUUGAAGAUUUUACCGCUCGUAUCUUCUGUCCGAUCGCGCAGCACAGCAACGGAACUGGCAAAGUGGGUGCAUCCAGUGCUGGGACAGCAGCAGGUUCGUCCAUCGCAUUGGGGACAAAUGCAUCGGCUCCGUUGGCGGCCGCAUUAAUCGAUCACCACAGCCGUGGACCGUCGAAAACCUGGAUACACCAUCCCGAGAUGGUUGCUACGGCCCGUGAGGUAACGCAGCAAACGCUUGCUUCCGUUUCGCUGGACCAACCGUCUCCAAGGCCUCUGCGCAAGCUACACCACCCGUUCAAGGCGGUACCGAAGGGCGGUAAAGCUAACCAACAGCACGGUGUAACUACCGCUGGCGGUGGUGGUGGAUCGACCGUUCUCUACGGUGCUGGCAUCCAGCCAAAUCACCUGAUCGGAUCUACGGGCGUUCCGGGUAGUACACCACCGGAAAGUCCAACACUACCGGGACGCAAGAUCAAAUGAGAUUGGUGGUAGCUUCGGGCUACCACAUUCGAGCUGUCCUUAUUGCAACCCUCA